GUCCCGAGCGUCGGUCUCCGCCCAGCCCCCUCUCCGCGUCGCCGGUGCCUGCACCGCUCGCCUCGCCUCGCUUUUUCUCCCCCGGCGGAGGCCCGGGCAGCCCGCGCGAGCAGCGAGGACCAUGUUCCGACGCAAGCUCACGGCCCUGGACUACCACAACCCCGCAGGCUUCAACUGUAAAGAUGAAACAGAAUUUAGAAACUUUAUUGUUUGGCUUGAAGACCAGAAAAUCAGACACUACAAGAUUGAAGACAGAGGUAACUUGAGAAACAUCCACAGCAGUGACUGGCCCAAGUUCUUGGAAAAGUAUCUCAGAGAUGUUAACUGUCCUUUCAAGAUUCAGGAUCGGCAAGAAGCAAUUGAUUGGCUUCUUGGUUUAGCUGUUAGGCUUGAAUAUGGAGAUAACGCUGAAAAAUACAAGGACUUAGUACCUGAUAACAAGAAAAAUACUGACAAUGCAGCUAAAAAUGCAGAGCCAUUGAUCAACCUGGAUGUAAAUAAUCCUGAUUUUAAGGCUGGUGUCAUGGCUCUGGCUAACCUCCUUCAGAUUCAGCGUCAUGAUGACUACUUGGUAAUGCUUAAGGCAAUUCGUAUUUUGGUUCAGGAGCGUCUAACACAGGAUGCAGUUGCUAAAGCAAAUCAAACAAAAGAGGGCUUACCUGUUGCUUUAGACAAACAUAUUCUUGGCUUUGACACAGGAGAUGCAGUUCUUAACGAAGCUGCUCAGAUCCUACGGUUGCUGCACAUAGAGGAGCUCAGAGAGCUACAGACAAAAAUCAAUGAAGCCAUAGUAGCUGUUCAGGCAAUUAUUGCUGAUCCAAAGACAGACCACAGACUGGGGAAAGUUGGAAGAUGAGCACCCCUGCCUGCUCAGUGAUGGGAACCGUGGCACCGGCAUGUGUUUGGAAAUCAAAUGUCACAUUUUCAAGGGAGGAAUCCCAGGAGAUUGACCAUGUUCUAGAGAUUUACCACCACUGCUUUUUUUUCUUUAAUAAAGUUGGGCAAAGUAAAA